GUAAAAUCAAAAGUCAGAAGCAAGGAGGUUGGAGGUUAUAUUUGAUGGGUUAUCAAUACAUCGAGGAGUGACUGAUCUAAACUGGCUAGUGAUCGCAGUGUACGUUGAGUACGCCGUUCCAACUCGUGAUCUGGUGGGAACGCAUAACCGAGCGCCUUCGGCUAAGUCAUAAUCAUUCAAUCUCAGAAUUGGCACAAAGAAAUUUCGGUAAUUACGUCUAAAAGUCCUGGACUGUUCAAAAUCCUACCACGUUUCAGACUGACUACUGAAAAAGCAACUACCAAAUAUCCGACUGUGUAUCUGUCUUCUGUCCAGUGUUUUUCAGCUAAUCAACGUGAUUAAAUUACAUCACACAUACACUAUUGUAUUAAAUAUAACUAGAAAAACGACCAAAAAUCGAUGUGGUUCUUAUAUAAAAAACUAAAUUAAAAUAACUAACUGAACAUUCUUAAUUAUCAUUUACUUUACUUUGUUCUAAUCUCAUACUGUGUUGUACAGUCCUGUGUACACAAUAAUAAAUUCUCAUUUAGCUGAUUUUUCACCAUCUAAAAACAAACAGAAUUACAUAUACAUAUUCAAAUUAACUAUUGAAUUAUAUCAUUAUGCCACUUGGUCGUUCAAAUAAAAAUCAAACUUUACGUACUGCUAAAUCGGAUAGUUCACUUCAACAACAACAAUUUGAUCCAAAAACAAAUCAAAAAAUUAUUUAUCGAUGUGUUGUAUGUGCACUUGAUAGAAGUUUAGUGAACACCGUAGAAGUAAAUGAAAGAAAUAAACUAAGUGGUUUAUUUAUUUCACAUAUGAAUAAACGUGCAAGUCAUCAAGUUCGUUUUACAUGUUUAGAAGAUCGAAUUAUUUUACGAAAGAAGAAUUUUGUUGCUAAAACAGUAUUUCGUGAUCAUGUAAUGUAUAAAGAUAUAGAGCACUUUUUUAUGUGUCAAGAAUAUCCAGAUAUGUUUAUGUUAUCAGUGAAAUCUGAAUAUCCAUAUUCAAGUUAUUGUGAAACAUACAAAUGUAAAGAUCCUAGUGAUACUCAACGCUUAUGUGAAGUAAUUUAUAAUGCAUCUAAAAAGUUUGACAAGACGGAACGUGAUAUACCAUCAGUUGAGUCACCAUUAAAGGCACAAUCUAUGUCAUACAUUGACACUCAGAUAAGUUCAGAUGUUACAAAUAAGAAUCUAUUGAAUCGUUCAUUGUCAAAUAGUUUAAAUGAUGGUUGGGCUACACCAAAAUUACAUAAUGAAUCACCAAUACAACUAUCAACAGAUUCACCAGUUCGAUCACCAUUACUUUCUUAUCGAUCACCUGUUCAUACCCCAAUGAGUCGUGAUAGUAUGAUUAAACCAUUAGUAGUUACACCAAUCAAUACAGUUAAUACUUCCGCUUACGUGUCGGAUCCAAAUGAUAUCACUACAAAUACAACUUAUUUCGAUUAUGAUCCUGUUCAUGGUCCACAAAUUAAUGAAGUUGGACCAAUUUAUAUGUUUAUGGUUAGACAUCCAUCACAGCCUGACAUGACACAUUUGGUAAAUGAAGCAUAAUCAGUAAUUAUAUACACCUCCGACAACAACAAAAACAGGAGAAGAAAGUCAAAGAAAUAAGAUUUUGUUUACCAAAAAAGAAAGAAUAACUAUAUUAUUUUCUAAGUAUAACUUUUAUUUUAUUAUUUCUUUAUUCAAAACUUGAAUAAAAUCUAAUAAAAGGUAAUGAAAUUUUGCUUUAAUUAUUAAUUACAUACAUAAAUAUUUUACAAGAAAAACAUUGAAUGGACAAUAGAAUAGUUUUACAUUCAGCAAAUUAACAUAAUGAAAGUAUUAUUAUUAUUAUUACUAUUACUAUUAUUGUAAUAUUUCUUGUUUUUCUUUUUUUCUUUAUUUGUUUAUCAAACCAUUUUUAGUAUUAGUUUAUACCUUAUGAA